UUGAUUAUUAAAGUAAUAGUAUGAAAUCAAUUUUAUAAUGUAUAGAAUUAUAAUAUAAUAAAAAAAUGAAUGUUAAAAAAGGUAAGGGUCCUAUAUACGACCCGGGCUUGUGUCGAUGUUGUGGUACCAUGAAGAAAUGCCGUGUCUUGAAUGUGGAAUAUGAGCAUAUGGGGGCAAAAGAAGUAUAUUCUGACAUUAUGAUGGAUUGCUUUGGCCUUUUGCUAUCGCAUUUAGAAGGCAAGGUGACAGACCGUUUAGUGUGUGCUACAUGUGUUCUGCGUUUACGUGAGGCUCACACCUUCAGGCAGCAAGUACUACGCUGUGAAGAGGCCUUCCAACAAGUCCGGAUGUCUGAUGACACUACAAAACAUAAUGAAGAUUCAAGUGUUGAUAUACAAAUUGUGAAACAGGAGAUACUGGAAUCCGGACCUUGUUCACCCAUAUCCCCUUGUGAUGCACUGGCCGAGGAUAAUCAAAUAAAAAAUUAUGAUUCAUCAUCUGAUGAUGAAAAACCACUUGUGAUAAGGAAGAGGAAGCAAUGUGAAGCAGCAAAUUGUGUAAAUAAACCAAAAAAUCAGCGGGAAAUUGAUAAUGCAAAGAAAUUUAAAUUGGAUACAAUGAAUAGCCCGCCAGUGAGUACGAUGUUGAGACAACGUCUACCGAUGUCUAAAGUACAGCAAUUAAUGCGCGAAAGAGACCCAAGUUAUAAGACAGAGACGAAUAUACUAACAAUUGUUGAAUAUUCAUAUGCAUGUCCGUUCAGAUGUAGACAUAAUAAUCUGCUAUGUUAUUACUGCGGAGAGAAUUUCCUAGAUCCAAAACAACUAAGACAACAUACAUCUGAAAUUCAUCAUCCGAAGAAAUUUAAAAUAUGCGAGCAUAGAAAUAUCAUGCUGAAAUUAGAUCUGACAAGAAUAGAUUGUAGAUUAUGCGCUGAAAAGAUAAAUACAUUGGAAGAUUUUAAAUUACAUAUAAGUAAUGUACAUAAGAAAAUUUAUUACUUUGAGAAGACGGAUGCAGUGUUGCCGUUCAUUUUAACAAAAGAUUUAUCAAAGUGUGCAUUGUGCGAGCAAACGUUUCCAUAUUUUCACGCUUUAAAUAAACAUAUGAAUGAACAUUAUAAUAAUUUCGUGUGUGAAACGUGUGGGUUAGGUUUUGUUGAUAAAGGCAGGUUGGCGAUGCACCAACAAAGACAUGAAAUUGGUAAUUUCCCUUGUGAUACAUGCGGCAAAGUUUUCAAAGCUGAACAUAAUAGAGAGUUACAUAUAGAUAGAGUACAUAAGAAACGGGCUAGAGUUUUUUGUCCUAAAUGUGAUGUUAGGUUGAUGUCACAUCAACAGAAAUUGAAACAUUUAGUUGAAGUGCACGGUGAAGAGCCGUUGAGUUUCCCGUGUAAUUUAUGUGAUAAAGUGUAUGAUGCUAGACGUUCACUUACAACACAUCGGAGGAAAGAUCAUUUGAGAGAUUUUAGAUAUGAAUGUAAUUUCUGCGGACACAAGUUCUUCACGCGAUUCGCCCUCAAUAAUCACAUGCCGACGCAUACUGGAGAGAGGAACUUCAAGUGUAAGGUUUGCGAAAAGACAUAUCCUCGUUUGAAGACUUUAAAGGAUCAUAUGCGUAUUCACAACAAUGACAGGAGAUAUCGCUGUCAUAUAUGUGGACAAGCUUUUAUACAGAACUGCAGCCUUAAAGGUCACAUGAAGAGUCAGCAUCCUGAAUAUGGAUAGACUGGAAAUUAUACUUUUACUUUUAACAAUGGUAGAGCGAGCUUUAACAUCUUCGCACGAAAAGUCCCGGCU